AUCUUCCGAAAAAUGUCUUGUCAGCGAUCAGGACCUACCCAGAGAUUGAGGACUCCAUCUCCCCCAUGAAAGACCAGCCGCUCUACACCAUCAAGCACACCAGCUACACUAAGAUCACAGUUGACCGGGUGAAGGCUACGAAUCAGAACUACUAUCCCGUCCUGUUCAUUGGCACAGGGAACGGGAAGAUCCACAAAGUCCUGCACAACGAUGGGGAGUCCUUUAUCAUCUCGGAGCUCAGCCCCUUUAAGACUGACGCUCCCGUCUCGGCCAUGACACUGGACUCCAGCACGGGACAGCUGUUCGUCGGGACCCCCUUGGAGACGGUCCGACUCCCCCUGGCGAACUGCGAGCCAUAUGGCAGCACUUGUCGGCAGUGCGUCGCUGCCAGAGACCCGUACUGUGGGUGGCAUCAGUUCGGCAAGAGGUGUGUGCCAGUUGCUGCAGCACCGAACAAUACUGAGAGUGAGAUCCUCCAGAGUAUUGAACAGCUCAAUGUCUCGAUCUGUGAUGAUGAUGCAGGUACGAUGUCUUUCAACAAACAGCCCCAAGUGCUGACUGUCCAUUCGCCUGCAUACCUGUACCUGCCCUGCCCAGUCGAGUCCUACCACGCCAUCUACACUUGGAGCUAUAACCAGAAGGACCAGUUUCCCUGUACCAUCAAAGAUGACUCCUGCCUGCUGAUAUUCAACAGGCAUCACCCAGUGAGCAGCGGAGAAUUCCGAUGCAUCGCCAGAGAGGACAGGCUGGAGGAAGUGCUGGCUGUCUAUAACGUCAGGUUCAGCGGCAGUGGCGGAGCACACCAGGCCUGCAUGACCGUCGUUAUUGGUUUGCUUGCAGCUCUCUCCCUGGUCUGACGGGACGGGGAGACGGGAGUUUGGGGGGGUCGGUAGCACGCAUGGAAUACCGUACGUCAAUCUCAUCCUGAGUUUCAGCCCUUGAUUGCGUUGGGAGGGAAGCAGCAAACCUUAGCAGAAAGGCCACAUAUUUACGGGCUGGCAACCCCCCCCCACCCCUCCCACCACCUCCAACCCCACUUUG